GGGUUAUCCAGCGCACUUCGUUCAGGCGUUCACCUACGCACGGCCACGGUACUAGGCGGUAAUGUCCUUAGUCCUUGAGGAGACAGCCAUACAGACAGUUGCACGCUGUCCACUUCGUCCUUCGCAUCACACGGAGGCUCGAGCAUGCAGAUACUUUUGUUCACCGCACUGUUGCUGAGUGCAGCUGCUGAUGACUAUCCUCCGUUGUUUCCUGCGCUGAUGAGCUUCGUGGGAGAUGUUAACCAACACAGCAGCAAUGAGCCUCGCUCGGUCCCUCGUCCGCUCAGCAGUUAUGACUUUAUCAUCGUUGGAGCUGGCAGCGCGGGCUGUGUCAUAGCCAACAGGCUCACUGAGGUAGCGGACUGGAAGGUCCUCCUCAUAGAGGCUGGUAGAGAGGAAAGCUUUCUCAUGGACAUUCCCAUCCUUGCGAACAUGUUUCAGUUUACAGAUGCCAACUGGAAAUACAAGAGCGUACCUUCAGAAAACUACUGUUUAGGUCUUCACAGGAACCAAUGCAACAUUCCCCGGGGCAAAGUGAUGGGUGGAUCGUCUGUGUUGAACUACAUGAUAUACAACCGAGGACAUCCCAGAGACUACGAUCACUGGAGAGACCUUGGCAAUCCAGGCUGGGGCUACCGGGAUGUCAUGCCGUACUUCUUGAAACUGGAGGAUCUUCAGGUCAAUGAGGAGAUGGACAUGAGGUAUCAUUCUCGUGGUGGCUACUUGACAGUGACUGACAUUCCUACACGGACAGCCGUAGCUCGAGCGUUCGUAGAAGCAGGCCAGGAGCUCGGGUUCGACCAAGUCGACUACAAUGGUCAAUACCAGCAAGGGUUCUCCUACCACCAGGUAACAAUGAAAAAUGGAACAAGAAUGAGUACAUCAAGAGCCUACCUUCAUCCCAUCAGGAACCGAAAGAACCUUCAUGUCCUUAAAUCUACAAUGGUUACAAAAAUACUGAUUAACAAAGACACCAACACCGCUGAGGGCGUUGAGAUUAUCAUGCGAGGAAAGAAGCACCGAAUUUUAGCUCGGAAAGAAGUUAUUCUCUCCGCAGGAGCAAUAAACUCCCCUCAGCUUCUGAUGCUGAGUGGAAUAGGUCCCAAAGACCACUUGGAAGAGAUGGGGGUGAAAUGUCUAGUAAACCUCCCUGUGGGGUAUAACCUCAUGGAUCAUGUUGCACUGGGUGGAAUGACUUUCCUGAUCAAAUCAAAUUCUUCCAUUAUCAGUGAAAGAAUCAUGGACGACCCUGAUAUGAUUUAUAGAUUUAUGAAACAUCGUGAAGGAGUCAUUGCUAUUCCCGGAGGAACCGAGGCGUUAGCUUUCAUUGACCUGAAGAACCCUAGGGAUCCUGCUGGCUACCCAGAUCUGGAACUUUUACUCACCUCAGCGACUCUCUCCGGAGAAGACACACUCAAAGAAAACUUCGGAAUCAAGGAUAACAUCUACAACUCAGUUUACAAGCCCAUCAAAGGCCAAGAUGGAUUUAUGAUCAUGCCUAUGGUUUUACGACCAAAGAGUAAAGGAAGAGUGUAUUUAAAGUCCUUGAAUCCUUUGGCAGCUCCUGCGAUAGAGCUGGGUUAUUUUAAAGACAAAAGAGAUCUUGAGGUUUUAGUGAAAGGGGUCAGGCUGUCUUCAAAACUUGUUGAAACAAAAGCGUUUGAAGAACUCAAGCCAAAGCGUCACAAUAUCCCUCUUCCUGGAUGUAGACAUUUGAAGAUGGACAGCGAUGAGUAUUGGAAGUGUCAUGCGAGGCACUUGAGCUUCACCAUUUACCACCAAUCUGGAACUGUCGCAAUGGGGCCGAAGAAUUGUUUGGACUCUAGACUCAGAGUUCAUAACGUUUCUCGCCUUAGGGUUGUCGAUGCGUCCAUCUUCCCAGAAAUUCCUGCGUCGCAUCCCAACGCGAUUGUUGUAAUGAUAGCAGAAAAAGCGAGUGAUAUGAUCAAAGAAGAUUGGGAUAGGGCAAAUGAAUGAGCCUGAACAAACCGAAUUGGCGUAUGAACUUUACAAUUUAAAAAUAUUUUUAUAUAACACAAAAAAGUAUGUAGUCUUGAAAAUCAAACAAAAAAUCCACCUCAAAGCUUUAGUUAGUAUCUAAAUCAUUAGAUGAAUUAGAUCAACAUGUAACUUAAUUUGAUUGAUAUAGUCAAAACUAAAAGUUAGGACCAUUCAUAUUUUUCAUAAUGUUGUCUAUAAUCAUUUAUUUAUUUAUUAUUUAU